AAAAAAAAAAAGACAAAGAAGUAAAUAUCAGAAGGACCUUCUUCCUGUUUUGAAAUGGGCAGCUUGUUACCCAUCGUGAUGUUGAUGAUGAUGAUGAUGGUGGUGGUGAGGAUGUUGUGAACGUUCAUUGAUCUGUACAGGUCGUUCUGUUGAAGGCAUGGCUGUGAGCUCGGGCUGCAGUACUGUGCUGAUGUCGGUGCGGGUGUCGGUUCGACCGCUCUCAGUGGGCUCAGACUCUCUGCGGCUGCAGCUCAGUAUGAAUCCGAACCGAGCGGGACUCUUCACACUCACGCUCAGACACACCGACCGCGGAGGACGCAGCGUGUCUCUAGCAGAGUUUGAUCUGCGCUCAAUGAAGUACGAGGUCACAUCGGCUCGAAGUCACGAACUUCAUCUCACCAAGCCGCCUCAUGACUGUCUGACGUUUACCUUCCGCAGCGAGCAGGAGGCCCAGGAGUGGGCAACUGUUAUGAUGUCGUCGCUCCGAGAGGCACACAGAGUUGCCAACAUUUCACAUACGUCAAAUGAUGAACUACAAUAUAUGAAGUGUGAAGAGAAAAACUCUACCUUGUCGCUCUUAACAAAAGAGGAGUUGUGUAUAGAGCUUUCUCGAGCAAUAGAGGCAGGAGACACUCAUGCAGCGGUUCGGUACACCACAGAUCUGGCUCAGCAGCAGACAGCACUGAGUAUUCAGCCAGCUCUAAAGGACACUGAGGACAGAGAGAUAAGCUUAACAGUGGUAGUAGAGGACUCGUCAUCUUCCUGUUGCGUCACAGUUAAAAUCCUCCCUCAUAUGACUAUUGCUUCUCUUAAGCAGCAGAUGUUUCUUGAGUAUGGUUUUCACCCUAGGGUACAGCGCUGGGUGAUCAGUCAGUGUCUGUGCACUGAUGGCCGUUCUUUAGCGUCGUACGGAGUAUGCAGGGACGGUGACACAGUGUUUCUCUACCUCCUGUCUGCCCGUCACGCCUGCCUCAGUCACCAGCUGUGUCAGCAGGACCAGAAGAAAGCCUUCCUGAUGCCUGCACCACCACCAGCCCUCAUAACGGCCCCCACACCAACCAGCAGCGUCCCCGUUGGCCACGACUGGAGAGGCUACAGCACGCUACCUCCCCGAUUUAGCCACAGUAGCACAGGUGGUAGUGGGUGUGGCACAGAGAAAACUAGUGACAUAAUUAACCUUGAGAGGUUGCAACUUGGAGGGUCCAAACUGAAAACAAGUAACAUGCAGUCAGGAUGGUCUUGUCCUUCCUGUACAUUCAUAAAUAAGUCCACAAGACCAGGCUGUGAAAUCUGCAGCACAGAUCGACCCAAUCUUCCCAAUCACAGUAGCGUUCAACAGGAAAAAGUAAGAAGAUCCGAUCAGUGAAACUGGGUUGUAAAUACACAAGUAUUUAGACAAAAACUCUAAUCUCACAUUCAUGCACAUUCUAAAAACCCGUGACAUCUGUGGAGGUACAACAAAACUCCAGUUCUCAUCCUUCAUCCUGAAGUUCGACAUUGUAGUCCUUUGCUUCUAUGGUAGUUGGCUUUCAACAAAGUCUCAAACUCCCCCAGUGGCUAUAUAGUAGGGCUGCACAAUUAAUCAAAUAAAUAAUUGAGAUGACGUUUACUGCUUGGUCAAUUACCAAGCAUUUCAUUUUGGUCUACUCCCUUUACAUCAGUAUAUUUUUUGCAGGGGUUGAGCAUUGCAACCAAUCACAGACGUGCACAUUGCUCUUUUUCUGUGUUUAAUUUACUCAAACUGUUUUUCAUGAUAAUAAGAGGGCCAAUGUGAUUUACUGGUAUUUAUAAAGCAUAUAUACUGAAACAGUAAAGUCACUCAGGAACACCGUUCCUUCUGCUUGUUUUGGAUGUGUAGCCUACAUAUUACAUGCUCCACACUAAAUAUGUAUUUUAAUGUACAUUUAAUCUCAAUGGCAAUAUGAAGGGAAAUAAUUGACAAUUAUGAUUUGUCAUAAUCAUGCAGCCCUGCUAUAAAGCUAAUUUUGGGUAAUCUCACUUGGUUUUCAAGGUAUUGCCACAGUGCAGUUGUCAGUCUAUAGUAACUUCACAUUGUUAACAUUUUGAGCAGAGGUUUUCAAACAUUCCUCGCCCAUUUGCAGAUGUUAGCGAAUGAACUGUCCAGAGGCUGGAUUCACACAAAAAAGUGGAAGAAAAAAAACCGGAAGUUCUUAGGAUAAAUUAUAAGAAAUAAGUUUUGCUAUUCAUUCACAAACUCAUUUGCUGUGCUGUUUUUUUCUCAACAGUUUACAAAUCUGAACUCACUACACAGUGAGCAAGUUGAUGUCACUUUCUGUAUCACAGUUUAAAUGGAACAAGACAAAUAUUCAAUUACAUUAUUUUAAUUUAUAUGCACUUGGCUCAAUUUUAGGGGCUUAAGCUUCAAAUGUGGCAAUUACUUCAUAUAGUUACAUUAUAUGACCAGGCCAGUAGUACAUGGCAGCUGAAUGAAACGCUCAUAAAUGCAUGUGAUGUAAAUUUAAAUUAUUCCAAUCUAACUGACUUGGAAUUGUCAUUGAAGCCUGUUCAUGUUUGGAACAAACAUAUAACUACAUUCAGACACAAGGUUAUUAAUUGCAUUUAUUUUUUUAUCUAGCUUAUUAUUUAAUGAACUGUGUUGUUUUGGGUUUGAUUGAUUUUAAUUGUAAUUGAAUUGAAUAUGCGUUAAUUGUAAACUAUCAUUGUUUUAUUGUAUUGUAAAUGUUCAUUAAUUCUUGCCAAAACGUGUAUCUGCAUUUGGCCAUGGCACUGCUGUGAAUAAACAUAUAAUGGAUAGAAGCUAAAGAGUAAUCUUUAGCCUCUUGAAAUGUGAAAGCUUUUAA